AUGAAGUUGCUUUUAUUGAUCUCUCAUUUGACUUUGGCCCUGGCCGGUCGGUCUAAGCCCCUUGUUUCGCCAGAUAAAUUGUCUUCUUUGGUUCACUUGGACGACCUUUUGAAGGGUUCACAGCAGCUUGAGGACUUCGCUUACGCGUACCCAGAGCGCAACCGCGUUUUUGGUAGUGCAGCCCAUAAUGAUACGGUCGAUUUCCUGUAUCGCGAGCUGAAGAAAACUGGCUAUUACAAUGUCUGGAAACAGCCACAGGUGCACACAUGGACUACUGCGGAGUCAUCGCUGACUUUCAAUGGUGAUACCAUUGAGGCGACCACAAUGACAUACAGUCCUAGUGUUGAUGUAACUGCAGAGAUAGCCAUCGUCUCAAACCUCGGAUGCACUGCAUCAGAUUAUCCAAGUGACGUGGCUGGCAAGAUUGCCUUUGUCAAACGUGGUGAAUGUACUUUUGCUGAAAAGUCGAUUCUGGCAGGCACCGCUGAUGCAGCCGCGGUCGUUGUCUAUAACAAUGCUGAGGGUUCUCUAAGUGGAACUUUGGGUGGUGUGUCUAGCGACUAUGCUGCGAUUGCCGGCAUCUCACAGGCCGACGGUGCUACUAUUCUUAGCGCUGCAGAGGAGGGUGCCGUUACUUUGUCUCUCGAGAUUGACAGCAGAGUUGAAAACCGCACCACUUUCAAUGUCAUUGCUGAGACCAAGGGCGGUGAUCACAACAAUGUCGUAUCUCUUGGUGGCCAUACCGACUCUGUCGAAGCUGGCCCAGGAAUCAAUGACGAUGGCUCUGGAAUUAUCAGCAACCUUGUUGUCGCAAAAGCCCUGACAAGAUUCUCGGUCAAGAAUGCCGUCAGAUUCCUUUUCUGGACCGCAGAAGAGUUCGGCCUGUUGGGAAGUGAAUACUACACCUCCCACUUGGACUCCAGUGAAUUGGCUAAGAUCAGGCUUUAUCUCAACUUUGAUAUGAUCGCUUCACCCAACUACGCGCUCAUGAUCUACGAUGGAGAUGGAGAUGCAUUCAACCAAACUGGCCCGGCAGGCUCCGCCCAGAUCGAGGCAUUGUUCGAGAACUACUUCAAGUCCAAAAAGUUGCCUUACAUUCCAACGGCGUUUGAUGGCCGAUCUGAUUAUGACGGCUUUAUAUCUCGUGGAAUCCCCGCAGGUGGUCUUUUCACCGGUGCCGAAGGUUUGAAAACUGCCGAAGAAGCCAAAUUGUUUGGAGGCCAAGCAAAUGUGUCAUACGAUGAGAAUUACCACGCUGCUGGGGACGACUAUACCAACCUCAACAAAAAGGCAUUCCUGAUCAACUCCAAGGCUACGGCUUUUGCCGUCGCGACAUAUGCCAACGACCUUUCAUCCAUUCCUGUGCAUAAUGGUACAGUUACCAAGCAAAACACGAAGAGAGCACCCCGUACCCAUGCACACACCAAGAACACGGGCUGCUUCCAUUCUCUAGUUGAGCAGUGA